AUGCGGGCCGCCAGAAUGCUGCUGGAAGAGGAGGCACCCGCCACACCUGAUCCUCGUUGGGACGACGCUACAUUUCACGCGUGGUGCGAGUAUAAUAUUGACGACUAUUACUCGAUAGGUUGGCUCAAGGUUGGAUACCUCAGGAGAGUCGCUGCUGAGGGCGGCACCCUGACGCGCCGGCAGGAAAUGCCGGCGGCAGCAUUCCACUUUGGCAUUCCGCCGGACAGUGUGUCGAUCUUUGCUUGGGACGCAUCUUGGUUGUCAAGGCUUCAUGCAGGUCCAGAGGGCGAUCAAUUGAUUCAAGCUGCGACUGCCUUACACCAGUGCGGAGCUUCAGACGAUGACCUUGUGUUCUUCGACUUUACAUGCGUGCCAAUGAUACCGCGCUCGGAAGUAGAAGAGUUGCUAUUUCGCAAUUACCUCACAAAGAGCGCAUGCAUUGCAAAUUACUGGCGAGUUCGUCAGAUUAUGAUGCCGCGGAUUCCAGAACAUUCUAAGUUCAAAGGAUAUCUGAAGAGAGGCUGGUCGAAUGUUUUCCUCACGCAAUUUCUCUACUGCCAGGAGAUCGUAUACCCUUCGGGUAAAGGCUGGGAGGAUGUGGAAGGCAUAAUGAAAGAGGCAGGCCCUCGACCCAGAGAGAUACAGCGACAUUCGAGGCUUGAUCAAUCAAUCCGAAUGGACAAACGCACUUGA